AGGGCUUCCAUCCUUGCUCUUGCUUGUCGACGGCUUCAAUCUGGGUCAUGGACAGCGUGGAUUCGAGCUAGGCUGCAUCGCGAUGUUCUUUUUCCUUCUUCCGUUCUCAUUCCGGUUCUUUGCAUCGUCCGAUCUUUUGAAAUAUGGUAGAGGUUCUUGGUCCUCUGUCUGCUCGUCCGCCUACUCCACCCAGGACAUCGUCUCGUAUGCUGUCCGAGAUUGAUCGAACUGAAGAUUCUCCGGUUGUUGUGCACACGCCUCGCGACUCUCCUUUCUCGGUCAAUGGGUCAACCGGCGCCCCUUCGAGUCGACAAUCCAAGCGCGUGAACUUCUCGCCAUGGACGAGAUACAUCAAGCCUCCCUCGUUUACCAAUUCUGCCGCAAAGUUAAAGUCGGACCUGAAGUCCCUACCACCUUCGAAUGAAUGCAAGCCCACAAAGUCUAUCCUCAAGCCGACCACCUCCCACUCUCCCGUCCAUUCGCCAUCUACCGGGCCCCAUACUGCCGUUCCUUUCGCCAUGCUGCUGGAGUCGAUUUUGCAGCAGCUAGCCGGAGAAGCUAUCAGCUCCAGGCUGGACGCUUAUAUGCAAUUCUUUGGGGCUAUACGAGCAUAUGAUAAUCUACCUGGGGACCAAAAUAUUGUGGCGAGGCUGGGCUUGAUCACCCAGUUCAUCCAGCGGGAUGUGAGCCGAGAACUCAGCGGACCUCUACAAACCAACCUCGUGAUCCAGGCCCUGAAGCUGGCCGUCGCUCUGGUCUGGCAUACCGAGAUCUCAGUACGACUGCCAGAUGACUUCAAGGUUUUCCUCGUUGAUCAUUCGAUCACCUGUCUCCAAGAUGCGAAGAUGCCCAAGUCCGUUGUCACUCAUUACUUGUCCGUAUUGUCGACCCAAAAUUUCAACGCCAAGAUUAUGACCAACGCGAGAGUAAUACGCAUCUUGACUGUUCUUCACGAACUAACCAAUCGUGUCACUGGAAGUGCAAUUGUGUCUCAGCGAUUAGCCAUUUAUCUGCGGGUCCUCAAUCAAUCCAAGUCGGUGUUUGUCUCAAAUGCGGCCCUAUGGAUGGAUCAUCUUAUCUCCGGCUUGCUACAUCAUGUCAAAGACAUCAGAAUCAAGGCUAUCUCGGUGGGCUUUCAGACCUCGAUUGCGUGUGGGCCUAACCCAACCUUGUCCAAAAGUGUCCGGGAGAUAUUUGGCAGACCUCUCGACGAAGGCAGGAAGCUAGUAACGGAGAUAUGCGAGCGCAUGACGCGCAUGAUGGCUAUUGCUGACUGUGGUGUACAUGUGCCCCAAAUAUGGAGUGUGAUUAUUCUGCUUCUGCGAAGUAAAAAGUUCAACGUUGAUCAGUGGGAGCAUUUCAAGGAAUGGGUCCUCGUGCUGCAAAAGUGCUUCAACUGCAGCGAUUCUGCAAUCAAGGCGCAGGCCAUUGUGGGUUGGAAUCGAUUCGUGUUUGUCGUCGGCCCCAGCGAUACAACGAGCCCUUCCUUGUUGCGGAUGUUGAGCAAGCCCAUCGUAUCCCAGUUUGAUCGGAAGAAGCAAGACAAGCAGCCCAGCCAGCUGGCAUUAUGCAGUUAUUACAAUCUUCUCUAUUAUGCUUUCCGUCCAUCAGCAUCCUUUCAGCAUCUUGAUGUCGUUUGGGAAGAAUACAUCGUUUCGCCCGCGUCUAGCAUAUUUUCGUCGGUGCCCAGCCUCAGCGACAGGAUGGCUCACGUGCUGUCCAAUAUGCUCUGGAGCUCGCAAGCGAAGAUGUGGGUGGAGAACAAAGUCAAUGAGAGCAACAAAUUGGACCCUGAAGAGCUUCCCGCGAUUGAUGGCAAAUGGAUCCGGUCGAGGAUCACGUCCGUCUUGAGUGUUUUCGAGGAGAUCUUCAAGUCCUCUGUCUGGACGGCUGACAUGGAGCGAUCGAACAUUUCUGCGGCUUGGCUCAGCCUAUCCCGGGCCUUGUCCUAUGCUUCGAGCAAGGAGAUCACUCCAACGCCAGAGUCGAUGCAAGCCGUAGCCCACGUGCUUGGGCUGCUUCGACGUAUCUGGAAUGCAGGUCCUGCUUCUCUCAAUGCUGCGGUGGAAGAUAACCCGACGGAUGCCUUCUAUGAUCGGUUCAGCUUUCUUUCGACCUCCAUGAUCAACUCUCUCGGCGGUGCUCGGUUCACCGAGAAGCUACUCCUCAAGACAGCCGAUGAGUCUUUCCAAGCAGCUACUACGCCUACGCAUCGUCAUCCAAGAGCGAACAACACUUUAGAUAGUCCCAUUCUGCAUUUCCUCCGUUUUAUCAGUGAACUACCCGGCAAUCCGAAGCCCACCCCAUCUUACCUUCGUCUAGUCAACCGCGUCUUGGAAGCGACAUGUUGCGACAAACUGUCCAGAAGCUCCCGCCUGGAAACCCUUCGCCAAUGCUCCGAUGUUCACCUAUCCGACGCGGCUUCCCCUGUUUGCCAGGACAAACUAGCUGAAGCCGUAUGGAAGUCUGCAGCACGUGCGUCCGAGAGUUCUCUAUCAUCCUUUCCCAUGGAAACGGCUCGUGGACGUGACGGCUCGGUUUGCCGCGAUUAUGAGAAUAUCGUUAGCAUCCUCUCUGCGGGCUUGAAGUUCGCCGAUGUUUUCGAAGUCUGGAACCCGCUUGUGGAAUCUCUGAUCCGCGUUGUGAGAACCGAAAAGGGCGACCAAUCGAUUGCGACAAUGGCCGUGGAACCGCUCGCCGAGUCCAUCAUGAAACAAGGUGCCCGGAACACCUACCUCCCAUCGGCGUCGCUUCUCCGACUCUCGCUUUCUAUUCCUUACUGCCACGAGCCGGGGGGGAGUAACACCCAGGGAUUGGCCUUUCCCCACAACCUAAUUGACCUGGUGAAUAAACAACUCCUCGAAUCUUACGAAGGAUUUGAUCCCUUGGAAACGAGCGGCGUUGCCGACUUUAUUGAAUCUUUGACGUCUCUUCUGGGAUCGGGUGUUUCGACUUUCCGUGCCGCGAUCCUUGCACGCCUUCAGCAGCCCCUUGCUCGUUAUAUUAGAGAUGAGGCGCGCAAGCUUAACGUUGAGAGCGGUGUUGAAAGCAGAAUCCUUACUGCUUGUCGCGCGCUGUCAUCAGCUGUCUUGAACAUCUUGCAAGCAUCGCAACCUCACGAUAUCGUAUGUUUACAACGAUUCGAGUCUAUUAUCUGUGCGGGUCUUGAAUCCACACAUGCAUCAGUGACAAAGAGAUUCCUCGACUUCUGGAACUCCACCUUUCGCCUGCAGGAAUCUCUAUCCUGCCCGGAAACCGUAUCUCGCGCGCUGCAAACCCUGGAGGAUCAUAUCAAGCUUCAGCAACAGGGCGACCAUUCGCAGAGCUCUCAGACUGGAGUACAACCCAGACGGUCUGACAUACAGGAAGCGAAAAUGGGUUCAGUCGAUACAUCGGUCAAGUCUCGCAUCGCUUUCAUUCUAGAUAAUCCGUACGAGUCGGGUCUGAAGUCAUCUCCUGUCACUGGUGGGUCUGAGCGUAGGGCUAUGCCUUCGUCUCCGGAGAGACAUGAGCCUCAACCACGCCAAGUACCUCCAGCUGGCGAUGAGGCUGACCCGCUCGCUGCCUUGAAACAUUCGAUAUCUCUCCCAACGGGGUCCGGAGACCCUAAGAAACAUAGCGAGUUAUUUUCGAUCAUCGAGAGUCUCCGUUCGUCUUCGCCACCGACGAACACCCCGAGAGAACUUGGUUUCAUGACGCCCCCGCACUUGCGCGACCUACGCAACACGGAUGCCGACGCCGCAACUCCCCAGACCCCCACACUACCUCCUGUAUCCGCGGACAACGAGUAUGGGUAUCUCGGCUCUUCCCCUACACCAGGUACUCGAGGCCGAACGCAAUUGGGCGAGCCGGAGAUCCCUCAGUCGCUGUCCACUCCGGCAGCAGAAGACUUUGCCAUGGAAACUGAUCUUCAUUCCUCGCCCCCAAAGCUCAAAUCGCUGAGUCCCGAGCCUCGCAGUAACACUGGACGAAUGGACACUCCUGGUUCGGAGAACACCCCAAUGGGCAAGAGUAAGAAGGCGAGGAGGAGGUCCCGGCGCGCAUCCAAGCAAAAGAAAGCAUUGAACCAGUCUAAGCAACCCGAGCCGGCUGAGAAGGGAACCACGGGUGAGGUGGAUGAGCCCUUGACGAAACGACUCCGUUCAUCGAUGGGCAAGACGCCAGAGAACAAAGAGCGCUCUACGGAUAAUAAGCAGACAGAGAAUGUUCCAAAGAAAGGUUCUCAUGACUCUGAAGCUUCCCCAGUUCCUGCCGACUCCGGGCCGACUGAAGAGCAUGCUUCUAAACCUGCGUUGCAAGACAGCCCGCGUGGUGAGCUACCUAGAGACAACUGGAAGUCACAAGUCGAAGGCUCGGACUGCAUUGCGGAUUCCUGCAGUGACGACAUGGAGACCCAGGUUGCCUCUCAACUGGAGCAGGAUCUGGAGCUUGCUGUCGAUCUGGAUGACACCACGGUGAGUGUAGAACGCGCAGUGGAUUCAGAGCAGGUGCCGCCUAAGAAAAGAAAACGAGAGGCAGAAGCCACACCUUCCGGCAAAGAACGGCGUCGCUCUUCAAGACUCACCAAGACACCCUCCGUUGCAGAUGCCGAGGGGAGCCGUACUUCGCGCUUCAAGAGACCGAUCGCCUCGCAAGAUGCCGAAUCGUCACCGGCGCCGAAACGACGGAAACAUGACGCCAAGAGUGAUACGACUGGCACAAGCAAGUCCGCUGAGCAAGUCGCUGGCCCGGACAGCGCAAAGAGCAAGGUCCAGGAAACACAAGACAAUUCUCAGAAACGCAGAUCUUCUCGUCUUAGUGGACAGGCAGCACCGGCGAUUCCGGAGGAUAGUCCGCUCCCCACGAAGUCACCACGGCCCAGUCGUUCCCGCAAGCAGGGCAAAGACAAGACGGACAGCAUACAGGAGGAGCCCCAGUCCAGCGAGGAACGGGACUCCCCGCACGAGACUGCCGAACAUGUGGCCGAGCACCCCGUCAAGGAUGAACAGCCCGAGGCCACUGUUCACAACGAGGCCGCCCAGGAGGUCUCAGAACCAUCCGGUUCAUUACAGCACACGACUGAGACAGACCAGCUCGUGGAUGAGCCCGUGCCAGAGACUCAGCCACCGGCUUCGGAAAACGAUAUCCCGAUGACGGAUGCGCUUGUGGAGCCCUCUCCCGAGAAGAAGGCUGCCUCAAGGGAGAGAAGUCCGGAGAAGAAGAAAAAGAAGACGCGAGGCGUAUCUCGCACGACGCAGACGGAGAACGAGCAGCAGCCGGUCAUCACGGAGGCCGAGAUCGCGACGUCCCUGCGCAAGGUGUUGGGCGACGUCCGACUGGCCAAGUUGAACCGGGACUCACUGAAGGAAAUUGAUGAUUUAUUGUUUGAUAUCCGGGUGGAAACGCAUGAGGCAUUGAGGAGAAACACCGAUUGACGGGAUUUUGCAUAGCGAUGGCGUUGAUUGUCUAUAUCCUAUUUUUCUAUAUCUUAUACUCCUUUUUGCUGCCUUCAGUUUUUGACAUGUCCAUCAAAAGAAGUUUUAUUUCUUACGAUUCUGUUUCAUUCUGGCAUUCUUUCGGUCUCUCUUACUCCAUGGACGUGGCAGCUGUAUCUACUGUUUAACUGGCACCGUAACAGACUCCUUAUAAAUCC